AUGACAGACUCAAUGCAAGACCUCGCAGAGGCAUUGCCAGAAGUUGGACCGGCUCAGAUUCAACCACCGAUGCCGGAAGGCAUAACCAGAGAGAUCCAAGAAUGGAUGAGAAACAUGAUGGAAGCAGAAGUCGCCUGCAGAGUAACGGAAGUGACCAAAAUAGAAAUAGAAGGGCGAUUGAGAGCCUACAGAGCAGCCGAAAGAGUGGAGGAGGAAGCGGCAGAAUACAAAGGACUAUGGGAACAACAGAUCGCUACCCAUUUAGAGACACAAAGGAACGGAAGCGGAGGAGAGAAGAAAGAGCAAGGAAGGCUGAGAAGCGCGCUUGAGCGCCCGCCCGCCUUUGACGGAGACCAAAUGAAGUUUAGAAGCUUCAUGGAACAUCUGUUGCUCCAUUUUGAAGAGGACCCGACCUAUUUCGG